ACGCAUACUUGUACACAUACCGACACGCCCAUACGAAAACGUACACGUACUCAACUGCCGCAUCGAGCCCUCCCUCCCCGCGACGCCUCGCCCUUCUUCGACCUUCGUCCUCCUCGCCUCCUUCCCUCGCUUCCACCUCAUUUCAAACCCUAGAACUCGAUCCCCCACCCAAAACCCUAACCUUAGCUCCCCCGCCUCCUCCCAUCCGCGUCCUCCUCCGCUCCCCGGCGCCCCUCGCGGCUCCGCGCCCGCGCCCUGCUGUGCCCGGUCCCGCCGCACCACCCUCGUGAACCUAGGGUUUCGUCCGUUCUCGAGCUGUUCGUUGUCUGCGUUGGGCGGGUGGACGGGCGUGGGUGGGUCGGUGGGAGAGGAGGUGGAUGGUGGAGAUGAGAUGAGGUUGCGCGGUGAGGUGGGUGGUGGCCAUGAGUAGGCCUUCGUUCAGGCCGCGGCCUCUCGACAUCCACAAGAAGCUCCCGAUCCUCAAGUCCGUGCGGGAGUUUGAGGACGAUGAGCAGGGGUUCGCGUCGGCUUCCGCGGCGAGGGCCGGGGUGCUGCUGCGGCACUCCGGCGCGGAGCUCACUGUGGCUGCUGCUAACAACGCCGCAGACGGCGAGGGAAAUCAAGCACCCAGUAAGAAAAAUAUUCAAGAAAUACCAACACCGCAGUUCGAUAUUGUAGACACCUAUGAAAGGGACUAUACUCGUACCUUUGCACAACCAACAUGUUACAUACGUGGAAGAGGAGCUAGAGCUGAGAUUGGUGAAUUUGUUGAGUAUGACCUGGACAACGAAGAUGAAGAAUGGCUUGAAGACUUCAACAACGAGAGGAAGAAUCUAAACCCUGAAAAGUUGGAGGUCCUCCUAUUCAAGAUGGAAAUUUUGGACCACAAAGCUCGUGAAAGGGCGGGAGCCAUAACACCAACUUUCAUAGGGCCAGUACCAGUCCUCUUGCAGCUUGAUGCUGCUAUGGAGGCUUUGCAAUAUUUGUCUGUUCGGUAUGCCGUCUUCCAAGCUGUAUAUAAAUAUUGGAAAGAAAAGAGGGAACGAUGGCAAAAACCUAUUCUACGGCGUUUGCAGCCUCCUCCACCAGUGAAUGAUACAAACCCAUACAAUGUAUUCAGACCAAGAGAAAAGGCUCAUCGUCUUCAUACAAGAAGGAUGCAAAGACGGGAAAACAAUAUACAAUCAUUUGAAAAACUCCGCAUGGUGCGACGCAACUUGGACCAAGCAAAAGCACUAAUGGAUUCUUUGAUUAAGAGGGAGGAGGCAAAGCUGGAGGCCAUGGAAUGUCAGGUCAACCUUCAGCGCAUUCAAAUGAAAUAUAAGCAUGUGGCCCAGCUUGUUGAGGAUGGGACUACCUUGUCUGGCUUCCAGCAAACAUCAAGCAGAUAUGGAUCAAGUGAUGAUGAUUAUGCGGAUUCUGAUGACACCACAACUGAACAGCCGUAUAUACGACGAGCUGCUCUCCAUCACCGGUUCCCUGAUUACAAGCUAUCUGUGAUCCCUCCGCUUCGUAUAAAGCGUGAACGGGAGCUGAAAAGGAGACCUCAGCAGAAUGGUUGGGUACUUGAAAGGGAUCCUGAGGAGCCAGUUCUCUUAUUCACAAGACCACUUGAUCCGGAGAAGUUGGUGGCAGCAGGUAUCAAGCCACCACUGGAUCCACCCAUUGAGAAUGGUGCCACCAUGCCACCAUUUCGGUGUCGAGGUAGGAUUGGACGAGGUGGUCGCAUCAUAUUUGAUCGAUGGAACCCUCUUCUCCGAGCACCAAUCGGCCAGGAAACCUCCUAUUAUGUGCCAUUCAGUCACAGGCCCUCCUCACCUGAAGGUUGAAGCCUUCUGCAUUUGGUGCUUAUGACACUUACACAGCUACUGAACUGUGAAGCCCCUGAGCAAUUGUUUUCCCGUAGGCGCCAAAUUGGCCCUUGGACCACACCAUUUGCGACUGCCUGAGCAAGCAGCAGCCUCAGUGGAAGCUGAGAAUGUGUGGGCUAUCGUGGGGCUAGCAUUUCUCAUCGAAUGUGGCCUGGUCAUCUUUUGGCAGCUGUUGUAAAAUUAUUGCAGUGUAGGUGAAAGAGUAGAGCAUUUUUGUCUAAUAUGGCUUGUACGGUCAGUAUCUAAUAUCAUGCUCUCUCAUUGAUUAUUCAUUUGAAGGAGAGGAAAUCCUUCUCAUUGCUAAGCCAAGCUUUUUGUAUAAUGUUUCAACACCUUAUUGCAUGUAUUUAACUAAUGCGCAUGUGUGUAUAUACUGAAACCCUAUGUGCAUGGUCAUGUCAUGUCAAAUGUAGUACUCAGUAGGUUAGGCAGAAAAUGGAAAUGGAAGGGCCCCAACAAUGUUAUUUAAUCUGUCGUUCAAAA